AUGGGCUAUGGCAUGGCCGGCAAUGUUCGCAAGAAGAUGUCACCGUCAGCCAAGCUGCUGGUGCACGACGUCUCUCGCGACGCCUGCGAGCGGUUUGUCCAGGAAUUUGCAGAUUUGGGCCCGAUUGAGAUUGUCGGGUCGCCCAAGGCCGGCGUCGAUCAGAGUGGCACGCUCAUCACGUCGGUGCCUAGUGGGAAGAAUGUGCAGGAGGUGUAUCUCGAGGGUACUGGCGCCGUUAUCCGUGCGUCCAAGCGGGAUCGGAUCAUCUUGGAGUGCAGCACGGUCGACGUUCAGACCACGCGAGACGUGGGCAGCAAGGUGAUUGAGGCCGGUAUCGGCCAUUACUUUGAUUCUCCCGUCUCGGGUGGCCCCAUUGGCGCCAAAAAUGGCACAUUGUCAAUGCUUAUCGGCCAUGCUGAAGAGGACGAGGUCAUUGCCCAACGCAUCAAGUCUGUCGCCGCCAUGAUGGCCAGCCCCGAGAAGAUCAUUUUCUGCGGCCAGCUGGGUAAUGGGCUUGGGGCGAAGAUUGUCAACAAUUACCUUUCCUUUUGCAACAUGCUCUCGAUCGCGGAGGCCAUGUCGAUCGGCAUCCGCUUAGGUGUCGACAAGCACGUACUGUUCAACUGUGUCAAGAAUUCGGGUGGGAACUCGGCCACCUUCCACAACUUCCAGCCCUGUCCGGGACUGCUCCCGCAUCUGCCCAGCAGUCAAGGUUUCAAGGCGGGCUUUCGACCGAUGAUGAUCGUCAAAGACUUAACUUUGGGGGUGGAGGCGGGCGAGCAGACCGGCAUCGAUGCCACCAUGGCCAAGAACGCGCUGCAGACGUUCAGGAAAGCAAUGGAAGACCCUCGCUGCAAGGACCGAGACGCAACGUCGGUAUGGUUGAUGAUCAACGGCCUUGACUCGGUCGAUCAGGUCUGA